AAGGUAAUUAGAACCAACCCUAAGCUCCUUUUUUCUCCGCUCUAAAGGUAGUCCCAAUUAUUGCUGACUUAAGCAUCGGAGUGUCUACCCCGAGGACCCACCUCGGGGCUUUACAGGUUGAUCCGGAGUGUAAACGUGGAUUGAAGAAGGACAUCUGGUUCGGUGCAAUUACAGUCAAUUUUCAGAAUUCGGUGCUGGAAUUUAAGAAAGUGGUGAAUGCAAAGGAGCAGGUGGUUUCUGCAAUGAUGUAUUAUAUAACCUUGGAGGCAAUGGAUCGUGAUAAGAAGAAACUCUACGAAGCUAAAGUCUGGGAGAAGCUUUGGUUGAAUUUCAAGGAGGUCCAGGAGUUCAAGCUUGUCGGUGAUGCUCCUGCAGCUUCCAGCACUUAGCUAGGUCAAGGGUUGAAGAUGUAUAGAACACAUCAGAACAUGAUGUUUGUGUGCUGGCUGAAAUAAAUGUACCGUUACCGUUUUUAAUCUAUCUUAUAAUCAAGUACAACUAUUUUAUAUUUGUAUAUGAUGAUGCAUACUGAAAAAUAUUGUGUCAAAUAAUUUGCUCGUGUAUUGGAAUUUUCAAUUUUUAAGCAACACUAUUGGAUCGGUUUAUGGAGUACUUAAUAAAAGGGCAUAUGUCAA